ACAACAAGGUGGUGCUGUGGCUGCCCGUGCAGGCGAUUUCUUCGCCCGGCUAGGCGCCUUGAUGGUCCUCGUGGUGGCUACGAUAAACACCUGCUUGGCUGUGGUCACUAACUUCGUGGACGAGGUGUACUGGGCAGCGGGCCUCUACCUGGGACUUCUCCUCUUUAUACACCUGCCCGUGUUGAUUUUCAUGUUGGUUAUGAUGCUAAAGGCCAGGGUUGCAGGCGUCAUCAACAGAGUGAGACCGAGAAAGAAAACCGAGCCCAUAAUGGUGAAGGAAUCUCCAGUCAUCGUUAACAGUGAAGGGGUGGACAAUGCAUCUAAGCAAGGCAAGAAAAAGAGCGACGAAUCUAAGAAGGACAAGAAAAAGACCGACGAUACUAGACUGAGAAAUAUAGAAAAUAAUAAGACAAAGAAAGUUGGACAGAUUAAUAAAGCGUUCGAUGUGGGGAUAGUGUAAGGAAUUCCUUGACGUCAUACCCAUCGUCUUUUGAGGAGCCUAGGAAGAUUAUGUGAGAGGAAGUGAAGUGAGGGUGUGUGGAG